AUGGCCUCACAUCACAGCUCCGGCAAGCCGGAGAAGGAAGAAGAGGAAGAGAAAGACGAGAAAGAGGAGAAGGAGGAGAAGGAGAAAGAGGAGAAGGAGGAGGAGAGGGAGAAAGAGGAGGAGGAGGAGAAGGAGGAGGAGAAGGAGAAGGAGGAGGAGGAGGGGGGCCAGAAAGAGUCCGAGGAGGGGUCAGAGGAGGAGGAGGAUGUGGAGGAGGAAGAGGCGGCGGAGGCAGAGGCAGAGGCGGAGGUGGAGGCGGACACCGGAGCUGGGAAGAGGCUGGACACUGUGCAGACUGUGCCUGGGAUGCUCUUCAAUGAGUACCUCUGGACGGCCUUGAACUUCGACAAGGUCAAAGACUACAACCAGCUGGAACUCUGCCCGCGCCUGCCCAGCGUGGUCAGCCCCAGCCUGAGCCCGACGCCCGUGCCCAGCCAGGCUUCGAUCUUCACGUGGAGCCACACGCCCAGCGCGAGCCCGUCCUCCAGCGGCUCCGUGCACAAAAGUGUUCCUAAAAUAUUUCAUACAUUUAGGAAAGACGUGUCUGAUGCGAACUUAGAUAGUGCUCUUUAUCAGAAUUUGUAUCCGGGAAUUGAAACAUCAGUUCAAACAGAAGAAAGCUGGCUUCAAGAACUGGCUGAUAAAAAGCACACACAGAAGAAAGCCCAGGCAGAGAAGGAAGCUGAACCUGAAAGCCAGGCUGCUAAGUUAAGAGCAAAAUGGGUGAUUAACCCAGAAGAGUCAAAACUCAAUAUUUUAAAUGAGCUAGAGUUUCAGGAAGACUUCAUGACACUCUUUGAGCCUUCUCUAAGAACAUUACCCAGCAUCGGGCUGCCGCCCAUUCUGGCAUACAAAAAGGAGACUUCCAACUUAGACAUUAACUUCAAGGAAGAAGAGGAGGAGCAAUCGCCUGAGUGUGAAUUUUGUGGAAGCGACCUAAAAGCAUUUCUUUCCAAUUUGGACAUUUACUCUGACUAUAGAUGCACUGAACCAAAAAAACAUGCCUCCUGUUGUCUCCGUUUCCAAAAUCUGAUUGACUACAUCUACGAGGAAAACCAGAGAGACAAAAGCCCUGAUCUUGAAUUAAUCUGCAUCGACCCCCACGAAUCUCAUGGCAGUGAAGUUGAUAGACUCAAGGCAAAGGAGAAGGCCCUGCGGAGAAAACAAGAGCAACAAAUGGCCAAAAAUUUUGCAAAAAAAGCUGAAUACACAAAUUUAUCUGAAGAUCCAAAGCAUUUAAAAACAAUUUCCUAUCAACUUUCCAUGGAUGUCCCAGAAAAAAAGAGAGCUGAUGAGAGUCUAUUUGAUCUACAACUAAGCAGUAGCAUAUCCAUUGUUUGCUGUGAUUCUAAGAGUGUAUGUGGAAAGGUUGUGAGGGACGAGUUCCUGGAGAAGCACUAUAAACAUGGGAGCAAGUUUCUGACUUCAUUUCCAGAUGGCACAAUGCAAAUAUUCUAUCCAUCUGGAAACCUAGCCAUCGUCCGAGUGCCCAACAGGAUAAAUGGUUUCACUAGUAUAGUUCAAGAAGAUAUGUCUACUAACCCCUCCAUCCUGGCAGUGUUGGACUCCUCUGGCAAAAGUUCCUGCUAUCAUCCCAAUGGAAAUGUCUGGGUGUACAUCAAUAUCUUGGGAGGUCAAUAUUCAGACCAAGCCGGCAACAGAGUGAGAGCUUGGAAUUGGUCAAGUGUCCUUGCUUCCGCAUCCUUUGUUUCAUUUAAACCUGUCUUUCUGGCCUUGAACUGUUACGUUGGAAUUCGCAUCUUAGAACAGGACAAGAUUUCUAUCACUUUCCUAGCAAUGGGCCGACAAGCAAGAAUCAAUGCUGGAACCAAAGUGAAGCUGCUGCACCCCGAGGAGAUUCCGAUCUUCCGGUACCUGAACGGAGACGACCUGCUUCUGCUGGCCAAGUUAAUAAAGAUCCGACGCCUGUUUCAUAAACUUGAAGGAUGUACAAAUUUUCCCUCAAGCCAGGUUUUGGGAAAACUAAAGCAACCUUCCUACCUGUCUUCGCUUUCUCUAAAACUAAUUGCCCUCUGUCACAAUUCUGGCAUAAAGCGGGAGAUCAUGACGGCCAUACGAAACAUAAUCAAUGAAAAUGUUUAAG